UAGUGGGGCUCUUCAUCCAUCAGCCGUCGGUCUGCAUGAGGUUCGGCAGGAGACAGAUCAUAUUUCUGUUCACAGUAUUCUAUGAAUUUUACCAGGAUGUCACAAUGACAAAACAAGUCCUCCGAAACAUUCUGGACGAUCUCGGAGAAGAGGACUUCAAGGAUUUCAAGUUGUCCCUGAAAGAUGAACGCCUGAAUGACUUGUCAACCAUCCAGUGGAACAAGCUGGAGAAAGCAGAGACAUGGAAGACAGUCAAUCUGAUGAUCCAGGCCUACACACUUUCCGGAGCUGUGGAAGUGACCACAAAGGUUUUAAAGACGAUCAGAAGGAAUGAUCUGGUGCAGAGAUUGUCAGACGGCAGCUCAGGAACAAGAGGGGACCAGCAUCGGUCUCCCUCAACGACCCAAAGCAACAAAGCAAUUGCAAACGUAUCAGAACGACAACACAUCUCAAGUUACCAACAAAACCUUCAGUCACACUUCCAGGAUAUGUUCAAAUGUGUGCAAGAGGGUUGGGCACAGAAGAAAGACAAGCAACGUCUGGAUAUUAUCUACACAAAGCUGUACAUCACAGCCGGGUGCGACACACACCUCAAAGAAGAGCAUGAGGUCCUCCAGAUGGAAAUGAAGCCAGCAGAUACAGGAACAGAAAUUGAACCCAGUGACGUGUUCAGAGACCCCUCUGGACAAGACAGACCCAUUAGAACACUGCUGACCAAUGGAAUUGCAGGAAUUGGAAAAACAAUUCUUGUACGCAAGUUUGUGUUGGACUGGGCUGAAGGAAGGGCCAGUCAAGAUGUGCAUCUCCUUUUCCCCUUCACCUUCCGCCAGCUGAAUUCAUGGAAAGGUAAAAGGCUGAGUUUGGCAGAACUCAUUUAUGAAUGUUUCGGAGAGAUCAUCCCACACAAAGCUCUGCAGUCACUAAAAAAAACCACCUAUGACAAAAGUGAAUUCAAACUUCUGUUUGUUUUGGAUGGACUGGAUGAGAACCGUCUUGACCUGGACUGCUCUACCAGAAACAUCGAGACAGUUAAGUUUGAUGUGACAGAGUCCACCUCAGUGGAUGUGCUGCUGACAAACCUCAUCAGGGGGAAACUGCUUCCCUCUGCUCGCCUCUGGAUAACCACACGACCUGCAGCAGCCCAUAAGAUCCAUCCUGAUUUUGUUGACCUGGUGACAGAGGUCAGAGGGUUCACUGACCUACAGCAGGAGGAGUACUUCAGGAAGAAAUUCAGAGAUGAGGAGCAGGCCAGCAGAAUCAUCUCCCACAUCAAGACAUCACGAAGCCUCCACAUCAUGUGCCACAUCCCAGUCUUCUGCUGGAUCUCUGCUACAGUUCUGAAGGACAUGAUGACCAGAGAGGGAGGAGAGCUGCCCAAGACCCUGACUGCGAUGUACGCAGAAUUCUUGGCGUUUCAGUUACAUCAGUCAGAAGAGAAGUAUGGAGAAAAGAAGUGCAUUCAGUACAUUAAGUCAUUAGCAAAACUGGCUUUCCAACGUCUGAAAAAGGGCAACCUGAUCUUUUAUGAGAAAGACCUCAAAGAGAGUGGCAUUGACGUCAGUGGAGCCGCUGUGUGCUCAGGAGUCUUCACAGAGAUCUUCAAAGAGGAACGUGGGAGGAAGAAUGAAGACAAGAUGUUUAGCUUUGUCCAUCUGAGUGUUCAGGAGUUUUUGGCGGCUUUGUACGUAGAGAGGAAACUUGUGACUGGAAACAGGAAUGUGAUGUCUGAGCCAAGGCAAAGCUGUGGAGAACAAAUGCGAACGGUUUUCAGCAAAACACCUCAGACAGAGCUCCACAGGUCUGCUAUCGACAAGGCCUUACAGAGUGAAAACGGACACCUGGACCUGUUCCUGCGCUUCCUCCUGGGUCUGUCACUGAAGGCCAAUCAGACUCCGCUACGAAGCAUCCUGCAGAAGAAAAGAAGCUCACAAAUCAAUGAGGAAACAGUAGAGUACAUCAAGGAGAAGAUCAGUGAGAAUCUGUCUCCAGAAAGAAGCAUCAAUCUGCUCCACUGUCUGAAUGAACUGAAUGAUCGUUCUCUGGUGGAGGAGAUCCAACAGUACAUGAGAUCAGGAAGUCUGUCUACACAUAAACUGUCUCCUGCUCAGUGGUCAGCUCUGGUCUUCAUCUUACUGUCAUCAGAAGCAGAUCUGGACGUGUUAGACCUGAAGAAAUACUCUGCUUCAGAGGAGGCUCUUCUGAAGCUGCUGCCAGUGCUCAAAGCCUCCAACAAAGCUCUGCUGAGUGGCUGUAAUCUGUCAGAGAGAAGCUGUGAAGCUCUGUCCUCAGUCCUCAGCUCCCAGUCCUCUGGUCUGAGAGAGCUGGACCUGAGUAACAACAACCUACAGGAUUCAGGAGUGAAGCCUCUCUCUGCUGGACUGAAGAGUCCACACUGCACACUGGAGACUCUCAGGCUGAGCCAAACCAGUCUCACAAGCAAAUGCUGUCAGGAGCUCUCAUCGAUUCUCAGCUCCCAGUCCUCCCCUCUCAGAAAGCUGGACCUGAGUUACAACAAUCUGCAAGAUUCAGGAGUGGAAUUACUCUGUGCAGGAAUGGAGAGUCUACACUGUCCACUGAAGACUCUCAGGCUAAAUGGCUGUUAUCUGUCAGAGAGAAGCUGUGAAGCUCUGUCCUCCGUCCUCAGCUCCCAGUCCUCUGAUCUGAGAGAGCUGGACCUGAGUAACAACGACCUGCAGGAUUCAGGAGUGAAGCCUCUCUUUUCUGGACUGGAGAGUCCAGACUGCACACUGGAGACUCUCAGGUUGAGCCUAACUGGGCUCACAGAGAAGUGCUGUCAUGAGUUCUCCUCAGUCCUCAGCUCCCAGUCCUCCAGUCUGAGAGACCUGGACCUGAGCAACAACGACCUGCAGGAUGCAGGAGUGGAGCUCCUCAGUGCUGGACUGGAAAAUCCACUGUGUAAACUGAAGACCCUCAGUCUGUCAGGGUGUAUGAUCUCAGAGGAAGGCUGUGCUUCUCUGGCCUCAGCUCUCAGCUCCAACCCCUCCCAUCUGACAAAGCUGGACCUGAGCUACAAUCAUCCAGGAGAAUCUGGAGAGAAGCUUCUGUCUGCUGGACUGAAGGAUCCAAACUGGAGACUGGGGACUCUCAAGAUGGAUCAUGGUGGAGAGCAGAGGUUGAAACCUGGUCUGAAGAAAUAUUUCUAUGAACUCACAGUGGACACAAACACGACAAACAAACGCUUGAAACUGUCGGACAACAACCGGAAGGUGACCUCAGGGAGACAGGAGCAGCCGUAUCCGUACCACCCGGACAGGUUCGACGUCUAUCAGCUGCUGUGUCGAGGCGCGCUGACCGCUCGCUGUUACUGGGAGGUGGAGUGGAGCGGAGAGGUGGACGUGUCGGUGAGUUACAGAGGAAUCAGACGGAGAGGAACCGGUGCUGAGUGCAGCUUCGGAGAGAACAAACAAUCGUGGAGUCUGAUCUGCACUGAUGGUGGAGGUUACUCCGUCAGUCACGAUGACAGAAGUACACACCUCUCCUCCUCCUCCUCCCCCUCCUCCUCCUCCUCCUGUGGUAGAGCAGCAGUGUAUGUGGACAGGCCUGCUGGCACUCUGUCCUUCUACAGAGUCUCCUCUGACUCUCUGAUCCACCUCCACACCUUCAGCACCACGUUCACCACUGAACAUCUGUAUGCUGGCUUUGGAUUUGGGUGGCCUGGUUCAGUGUCUCUGUGUUCACUGUAG